AUGAAUUUCAUAGGCGUGCUGAAGCUUGGGUCCGAGGGUAAAAAGUUCACAUGGUCAACUUUGCUUUAUGGAACGGUUGGUACACCACACCAUUUUAGACGCGUUGUGAUCAAUAACGGGCGUUGUAAUCGCACAUUUUUAGAUGCGGUAUAUUGGGUUGAUGCACGCAGCCAAGUGCUUGAUGUCUUCGGCAGUUGCAAGCAUUGGUCUGGCACUGGUAUCGGCAAAGGCUUCUACCUGGAUGUGAUUACAGAAGGAUCAAUAUUAACCACAAUUUCGCUGCUUCAGGGGAUGCUGUGUCUUCGGGUGUACAUACUCUUUGGAAAACCGAGGUCGAUCUUAUUUGUUCUCGGACCAUGCUUCAUCGUCACCCAGGUCAUAAACAUUAUUUGCUGUCUCCUCUUUGUGGUCCCUAGUGAGAGAUACUGGGUAAAAGUGCUUGUCACCAACUCUUGCGCUCUCAACUUGAAUUUCGCUAAAAAUCGAAUGUGGGCAGUCACUGCGUCUAAUACUGCUGUCCUGGCGUUUGAAGUCGUUCUGUGUGCAUUUGCACUGGGUUACGCUUCCAAACACCUUCCUGCUUGGAGAUUACAGGGACAAAGAACAACUAGUCUUGCAUGGAUCAUCCUUCGUGACAACUUCGCUUACUUUUUCAUCGCGCUCGUAACGGCUAUUUUCUCCACCAUAGACCAAGUUCCCUUACUUUCAAAUACCUUUAUAUCAGCUAUGGCGGGACCAUGGUUGAUCCUCGGCCUGCGCAUGAGGUACUGGAAGGAGAUGGAAGCUGAGACAACCAGAUCAAGUGAACUGAUGACCGUAGCAUUCGCGAGCGCCCCACGACAAGUGGAGAGCCAAGACUCGGGUCCAAGCCCUAGCUUGCCGGCAUAG